UUCACAACUCAUAAAACUUCUAAUUUGUCUUAGAUUUCACAUGAUUUCUUUCCCUUUUUUAAUUCAAGAUUACAGAGAAGAACAGUGAAUGUGCUGGUCUUUGUCUGCUACCCUCUUCACGCCUGUAGAUUUAUUAAUUAUUUUAGGGUUUUCACAACAACAUUUUGAUUCAAAGUUUCUUUGGAAUCUGGGCUUCUGUGCAUCUUUUUAGGGCUGCAAACAUUAGACCCGCAUGCUUACUAAUUCUUUAUAAAUUUUUAAAAAUUAAAAUUCCCUUUUGUGCUGCUGUUCUUGAUUCUUUCUCUCUCUGUGCUACAAAAUUCUUGUUUUUGAUCAUUGAUAUUUUGUGGGUUUUCUGGGGUUGUGUGUUUCUUGACUAAAAACACACAAAACAAUGCUGCAAUUAUAUGGUUUUUAGUAAAAAAGAGUAAAAAAGAUAAAAGCUUUAUACUUUGCUGAAAAAGUUGUGACCUUUAAAGAAAACUUUAGUGGCAUGAAGUGUGGAGAACUGCAACUGCAACAACAACAAGAAGAAGUUUGAGAGUUAAAAUGGGUUUGAAAAUGCAAAGCCACCACCAUCACAUGGUGGCAGUGAGUUUGAACAGUGACCAACAAUUGGGCACAAAAAGAAAGUACACAUCAUAUGUUCCAAGAACACAUCAAGGCAAAUACUUGGCUUUAUGGAUAAUUGCUUUUGGGUUUGCUGCUGUUCAUGUUUAUAGAUGCAUAGAUGCAGGCCACCAACAGAGAAUCCAAGAGGGUUUGGUUAGCAUGUGUGAUCAAAGAGCAAGGAUGUUGCAAGAUCAGUUUAGUGUUUGUGUUAAUCAUGUUCAUGCUCUUGCUGUUUUGGUCUCCACUUUUCAUUAUUACAAGAACCCAUCAGUUAUUGACCAGGAAACAUUUGCAGAAUAUACAGCAAGAACUGCUUUCGAAAGACCACUGUUAAGUGGAGUAGCAUAUGCACAAAGGGUAUUGAAUUCACAAAGGGAAGACUUCGAAAGUCAACACGGUGGGACCAUAAGAACAAUGGCCAACAAGGAGCCGUCACCACACCGCGACGAGUAUGCCCCCGUGAUCUUCGCUCAAGAAACCGUUUCUUACCUUAAUUUGGUAGAUAUGAUGUCGGGCGAGGAGGACCGUGAAAACAUCUUGCGCGCUCGGUCAACAGGGAAAGCGGUACUCACAAGCCCUUUCAAGCUCUUGGGUUCCCACCAUCUCGGAGUCGUUUUGACCAUUCCGGUUUACAAAUCAAAACUCCCGCCAAAUGCAUCUGUUCGAGAUCGAAUCGAAGCUACUGUCGGGUAUCUUGGUGGCGCAUUCGAUGUGGAGUCGCUAGUCGAAAACCUGCUCGGUCAACUUGCGGGAAACCAGGAGAUCAUAGUAAAAGUUUACGAUGUCACCAACACGUCGGAUCCUUUGAUUAUGUAUGGCCGCCAGGCUCAAUACGGUGAUCUGACACGCGUACGUGUCAGCACGCUCGACUUUGGUGACCCGUUUAGGAAGCACCAGAUGACUUGUAGGUAUCUCCAUAAGGCGCCGAUCUCAUGGACCGCUAUCACCACCGCGUUUUUAGGCUAUGUGAUCGUUUUCUUAGCGGGCUACAUGUUCUAUACUGGCGCCAUUCAUAUCGUUCAAGUUGAAGACGAUUUUCAUACAAUGCAGCAGUUAAAAGUCCGAGCAGAAGCUGCAGAUGUCACCAAAUCCCAGUUUCUUGCUACUGUUUCGCAUGAAAUCAGAACACCUAUGAACGGCAUCCUCGGGAUGCUUGCAUUACUUCUCGAUACUGAUUUAAGUUCGACACAAAGAGAUUACGCGCAAACGGCUCAAGCGUGUGGACGCGCUUUGAUUACUUUGAUUAACGAAGUGCUUGAUCGGGCCAAAAUCGAAGCUGGGAAGUUGGAGUUAGAGGCGGUCCCGUUUGAUCUCCGGUCCGUAUUAGAUGAUGUACUCUCGUUGUUCUCCGAGAAGUCCCGAAACAAAGGAAUUGAGUUGGCGGUUUUUGUAUCGGAUAAGGUCCCGCAAAUUGUGAUGGGUGAUCCCGGAAGAUUCAGACAAGUGAUAACGAAUCUCGUAGGAAAUUCUGUUAAAUUUACCGAACAAGGACAUAUAUUUGUUCAAGUUCAUCUAGCCGAACAUUCUAUAGCGGUACACGAUGCAACAUCGGAUAGCUGUUUAAGCGGACGAUCUAACGGUUGCCAGACAAACACAUUAAGUGGCCGGGAAGCAGCGGAUGACCGAAACAAUUGGGAUAGAUUUAAGCAUCUAAUAGCGGAUGAAGAAUUCCCGUUUCAAGUGCUAACAUCUGACGGGAUUUCUCAAAAUGUUAAUCUAAUGGUCUCGGCUGAAGACACGGGAAUUGGGAUCCCGUUACAUGCUCAAAAACUCGUUUUCAUGCCUUUUAUGCAAGCUGAUAGUUCAACGUCUAGACAUUACGGUGGAACGGGAAUCGGGUUGAGUAUUAGCAAGUGUUUAGUUGAGCUUAUGGGUGGUCAUAUUAGCUUCAUUAGCCGACCACAAAUCGGUAGCACGUUUUCUUUCACGGCAAGCUUUAAACGGUGUGAGCAAAACAUGGUAACGGACCCGAAAAGAUCUCUUUAUGAUGAGUUACCGACUGCUUUUAAAGGGUUGAAAGCGACUAUUGUUGAUACAAAACCCAUUCGAGCUGCAGUAACACGAUACCAUUUGAAACGGUUGGGUGUUUUCGUUGAGGUUGUAAAUAGCAUAAGAACCGUGGCGUCGGUUUUGGGUUCUGGUCAACCGGACAUGAUUCUAGUCGAGAAAGACGUGUGGCUAUCCGGUGACGAUUUGAGCAACAUACGGGCUUCGGUUUUCGGGCACGUGUUAAAAUCACCCAAAAUGAUCCUUCUUGCCACGAAUAUAACAGGUGACGAAUUCGAUAAGGCAAAGGCCGCAGGGUUUUCCGACACUUUGAUUAUGAAACCGUUAAGAGCGAGUAUGGUGGCAGCAUGUCUUCAACAAGUGUUUGGAACAGGGAAGAAGGUGGAACAAGGUAGAGUUAUGGCGAACGGGUCUGUUUACCUUCGUGGUUUGCUUUGUGGGAAGAAAAUAUUGGUGGUUGAUGAUAAUCGAGUGAACCGUCGGGUUGCAGCCGGCGCACUUAAGAAGUUUGGAGCUGAGGUCGAGUGUGCCGAUUGUGGGAAAGCGGCUCUUGAUUUGCUUCAAAUUCCACACGGGUUCGAUGCCUGCUUUAUGGAUAUUCAAAUGCCGGAAAUGGACGGUUUUGAGGCCACGCGCCGUAUUCGGGAGAUGGAAGAGCAACAGACGAGUAGUUCGGUAGACGGUUCUUGCGACACUGGAACCACCACCGAGUGGCAUUUACCGAUCUUGGCCAUGACUGCGGAUGUGAUCCACGCCACGUUUGAAGAGUGCCAAAAAAGUGGAAUGGAUGGGUAUGUAUCAAAACCCUUUCAGGAAGAAAAUCUUUAUCAAGCAGUAGCCAAGUUUUUCGAGUCCAAACCCGCAACAAAUUCAUAAGAAAACUGAAAAAUUGCGGUAUAAUCGUAUGUACAUUUGAUGGUAUUGGUAUUAUCCGUUUCGGGAUCACAUGAAAACGGUGGUAUAGUUUGGACAACCGGCUGUAACCCUAACCGACUUUGGAUCUAACUGGAUUUGCUACUUGAUGGGUCGACUCGAAGCGUGUGUGUAUAGAUGCUUUAGGGAAGGGGAAGAAGUUGUAUCUUGUGACCGAUUUUUGUAUUGCAUUGUAUUGUACCGAAUCAUUAAUACGGUGUCGGUGUAGGUAUUGAGAGGGCCACCUGAAACACACAUGUAAUGAUGUGUAAUUGUCUUUGGUAAUACAAAUCUAUGCUGCUUCAUGCUUGUGGUCAUUAAAA